GAGGAAGACUGGCUUUUAUACUCCGCGUGCAAAUUAGUUUUAUCUAAAAAUAAAUUGUAUGUCGUUUUCUGGCGUCUGACGGAGUCUUUCCAGUAAUGUGAAGUUGAGUGUUGUACUGUAAAUGUGGCGAGGGGGGCGGACACAGCACGACUCUGCUGUCCUGCGGUAACAUUGUUGUGGAACGACGUCACAGCUCGAAAAUGAAGGCGCAGAGGCAGCCAUUACCGGAGCUUCUCUAAUUAUUUUAUUCCAAAUAAAUACUCGAGGAAAUCUCCCAUGGCAAGAGCAACAAGUCAGCUGUAUGAUGUCGUGCCUAUCCAGCCCAGCGUUGUCAUUUGUUCCCGCUCGCAUUCAUCAAUGGUAAGGAACCACCCCGACUUAAGCAGCAGCCACUGUCCCGGCAUGGAGGGCUCGCCCUCGGAGGCCCGCGCUGCCGGAGCGUCUGCCAGCGGCCAGGGCUCCGGCCUCCGUGCGCAGAAGGUGGCUCAGGUGCCGCAGCCUCGCAAGAAGAAACCGGAGGACUUCAAGUUUGGCAAGAUACUGGGAGAGGGCUCCUUCUCGACGGUUGUCCUAGCAAGAGAGCAGGUAACUGGCAAAGAAUAUGCAAUUAAGAUCUUGGAGAAGCGGCACAUCAUGAAGCAGAACAAAGCCCAGUAUGUGAAAAGAGAACGGGAUUUGAUGUCGAAUCUCGACCACCCCUUCUUUGUCAAACUCUUCUUCACAUUUCAAGACGACGAUAAGUUAUAUUUCGGUCUCAGCUACGCAAAGAACGGCGAGCUCCUAAAAUACAUUCGUAAAAUUGGAUCGUUCGAUGAGACCUGCACUAGAUUCUAUUCGGCGGAAAUUGUUAGCGCGCUGGAAUACUUGCACAAUGUGGGAAUUAUCCACAGAGAUCUGAAACCGGAGAAUAUUCUUUUGAGCGAAGAGAUGCAUAUCCAGAUAACAGAUUUUGGGACGGCAAAACAGUUGUCGUCGGACAGCAAGCAAGCGAGAGCCAACUCCUUUGUCGGAACAGCACAGUAUGUUUCUCCGGAGCUGCUAACAGAGAAAUCAGCCUGCAAAAGCUCUGACCUCUGGGCAUUGGGAUGUAUAAUCUAUCAGCUGGUGGCUGGUUUACCACCGUUCAGAGCUGGAAAUGAGUACUUAAUAUUCCAGAAGAUAAUAAAGCUGGAGUAUGAAUUCCCUGAGAAAUUCUUUCCCAGAGCCAAGGAUCUUGUCAAACAGCUUUUGUCACUGGACCCGUCAAAUCGGAUUGGCUGUGACGAGAUGGGUGGCUACGACCCUUUGAAACAACACCCCUUCUUUGACAACAUCUCCUGGAGUGACCUGCACAUGCAGACGCCCCCCAAACUCACCCCAUACCUGCCCGCCAUGUCUGAGGACGACGAGGACUGCUACGGAAACUACGAUGACCUGCUGAGCCAGUUCAGCAACAUGCAGGUGGCCCAGUCCAGCUCGUCGCACUCCCUGUCGCCGCACGAGUCGACGCCGCCGCAGCGCUCGAGUAGCAACAUCGAGCAAUACAUCCACGACCUGGACAACAACUCCUUUGAGCUCGACCUGCAGUUCACCGACGAGGAGAAGCUCCUGCUGCUGGACAAACAAACCUCUGGGAAUCCGUGGCACCAGUUUGUGGAAAACAACCUGAUUUUAAAAAUGGGUCCAGUGGACAAACGAAAGGGUCUGUUUGCCCGACGGAGACAGCUGCUCCUCACCGAAGGACCACACCUGUACUAUGUGGAUCCCGUCAACAAGGUCCUGAAAGGAGAAAUCCCUUGGUCACUAGAAUUACGCCCCGAGGCCAAGAACUUCAAAACCUUCUUUGUUCACACGCCUAACCGGACAUACUAUUUGAUGGACCCUAGCGGAAAUGCCGACAGAUGGUGCAAGAAGAUCCAGGAAGUGUGGCGAAAGAUCUAUCAAAGACACCAAAAUCCCAGUCUAUAAGGAGCGCUCCCACUUCCUCCCGUGGCCGACCCGCUUGAGCUCGGGGGGCCAAUCACUGAGCAGAGUAACACCCUCUUUAGUGCCCUUCAUCACCGCAGUGUAAACAAACUCUUUACAGACGCUGGCAUCGAAAACCUUGUUUGUUUUACUGAGUAGAAUCAUUUGGCGGGGGUUGGGGGGGGGGGCGACAACUUUGGAUUCAGGGUUGCUUUGCUUGUUCUUUGGGCUCGGUGUGAGGCUUCUGUUAUCAAGUUGCGCCAAGCACAUCUGCUUUUUUUGUUUGUUUGUUUUUUGGUACAUUCUCAACGCAACGUGAAAAAGGCAAGCAGGGGGGUCGGGGGUGGGGGACCACGAGGGGCGCUCUCUCUUCCCCUCCCCUUCCCCAAAUCCGAGGACUGGUUUCCUGAUAUACCGUAAAUACUGAUUCAUGUGAAUCCCAGAGUCUCAUCCAACCAUAUCCUAAACCUGCGUCCUCCGUGUAAACUGUAGACAGCCAGCCCCCCCCCUUUUUUGUCGAAUGCAUUUAGGCCCACGUACGCUCGAUUCAGUCUGGCGCAUUUACCAAACUCAAAGUGUAUUUUUGUAAGAGCCCGUGUAUUUCCGCAGUAUUUGAGUUGUUUUCUUCAAAGCCAGUGGUACUUGCGCAUGGUGGUCCAAUCAGAUUCCGAGCAGGUCGAAGCAUGAGCCUUUCAUAGCCGUGAGUGACGGAGGAGGCGGGUAAACAUGCCACUAGCUUGUACUUGCUCAUCAUAAACUCGCUUCCCUUUUCCUGCAUGGCCAGUUGUGUAGCGCAGCCUUGUUCCUCUCUCCUAAGGGCACUGACGAUACUACAGUAGUUUAUUCAAGUUUUUAAAAAGGUGGGUAUUUUAUUUUAUUCUAUUUUUUUUGUUGACUGCAUUGGCAACCAUAGCAAAUGUUACUGGAUGAUUUGGCUGUUCUGUUCACUUUGCGAUUUCUUUGUGAUGUGAAUUUCUUCUUUUUUUUUUUGUGGGAUUGUUUGCGCGUCUUCAGCGCAUCCUGUUGAAAUACGAAAAAUCCUACGUGCUGACCAGAAAAUCCUCAUCCAACAGAGAUUAUACAUGAAACUAUCGCUCUUUGAAGCAAUCGCAGGUUUCUCCAGAUCGCUGGACACACACACACACACACCCUCACAUUCAGCUCCAGUAGAACUUAAAUUGAGUUAAGAUCCUCUUUUUUUUGUGUGUGUGUGAUCAUAAUGCUUUUCAUUUUUGACAGAUUACCUUCAGGCCCCCCCUACCCCUCUUAAAGGCCCUCCUCCUCAUUUUGGUUGAGUCUGAGUGCAGUGUGUGACUGGAAUAUAGGUGCAAAGGACCCUGGGGGCCCAGGGGCUGGGUGUGCGAGGAUAUCUAUAUCUGAUCCAAAUAAGCGAUAAAAUUGCUGUAUCUGUCUAUUAAAAAAAAAAAAAACACACACAAAAAAGUGGAGGAAACACUCCAGAUGUGUUGGCCUCCUCCGCGCGGAGAAUUUGUCAGAUUCAAAUCCAUGGCGGUCGGUUACAUGGUGUAUGGAAAACACUCUACCUGGCUUGUAACUGACGAGAACUGUGAUGUACAGAUAUUGUAUUAUUAAAAUCUGAAGCAAGUAAUGCAAUGACAUUAGGAAACAGUUUUUUGUAUUUCUAUUCUUGUAUAAGGUUAUUAGAGGGCUAUUGUUCAGCCUCUAGUUCAUUCUGUGUUAUUUAAAUUCUAAUAUAUGAAUCAUAUUUGGAUUGAAGUCAUGUUCAGGGGCCAUGUUGUGUAUGUUUUGAGAUGUAAAGCCUUUGAAUGUGAAUAAUUAUUGUAAACUAUAAUAUUUUACAUCUUUUUUUCUUACUAUAUCAUACAUUUUCUAUUUGCGAGGUGAUUUAAUCAUAUUCCGUUGAUAAUUUAAUGAAUCUGUUCAUUCUCUCGCUGAUUUAUUUGUGCGCUAGGUCAGUAGCUGUUGAAUGGCGACUUUUCCACUUCAUGAUUGGUAGUCCAGUAAUCGAAGCAUGUAGGGAAUUUUUGGCAUACGAAGAAAGCCGUGUGUCUUGUUUUCUGUUCAGUCGCAGUCCCUGCACGGGGAAAGAUGCAGCGUUUUACUGGCCGUGGCUUCUCACAUCCUGCAGCAUGUAAAUAAAGUAUCAGCCCACCA